AUGCAAUAAUUUGACAUUGAUAAUCAUCAUUAAAACUAUUAAUUAGAACUGCAAUAUGCAAGGGCUAGGUAACGAUAGAGAAGAAGAAGGAUUAUCUUAAUUGUAUUUGCUUUCAUGUCUGUCUUUUAUGUAUUCAUUCAACCAAAUUAAUAUGCUGAUAAAUCAAAUCAAAUUCCAUAUUCUUAAAAUAAUGGCACAGAUGGAGCCAUCAAUAUUACAGAGACCAAUUAAACAUUAGCUCAAAUCUAACAACAUUUUUAAAUCUUAGAAAAGCUGCUAAUCUCCUAAUUUCAAGGAAAAUGGACAGAUUCUUAAAAUUUAUCUAAUAACUUAGCAGAAGCUACUUUUUUUAAAACCUCCUAUUAAAAUCGCUUUCAGAUACAAUUACAAUUAAAACUCAUUGAAGGUUAAUUUCUAGAGGAUUACUAUAACCAAUUCUCAUUUUAUUUGAAUUCUUCGUAGUUAGUUUAUCCAUUUGAAGACAAGAAAUUAGUUUUUGAGAAUGUUAGAGGGUCUUACAGAAGAUCUAGCGUUUUUGAAAAGGAUCAAUAAAUCAUAGAAAUCUACGCGAAUUUAACAAUGAAUUUAGAUUAUUUUGAUUCGGAAAGUGAAACCAUAGAUGAUAUUACAUUAGACUUGAAUGCACAUUAUAAAUUAUACUCAGAUACAUUCUCAUUCAGUUCUAGUCUAGGGGUGAUAAAUAUAGAUAAUAAAGCCAUAAUUUAUUCCACAAUCGUUUCUGUUCUAAGUGUGAUUCAAUUUAUCAGUUGCCUGAGAUUGAUGAGAGACUUAAUCAAUUAAAAUAGGAUCGCUACUUAAUUCAGCCUAUUUAUUUUUGUUUUUCUAAUGAUCUUUGAUGGAUACUUAGGAAUUGUUCAUUUCUUUCUUGCAAUAAAAAGUGAAUAUUUCCUAACACCUGCCUUCCUUGAAUUAGUAUUGUUCUUCUUCUUGGAAUUGAAACUCGCUAAACACAUCUGGUAGGAAAGGUUCAUCAAUUUAGAAGACAACCUAAAUUUGAGAAGAGAGCUUUACAGAUUUCAUCUCAAAUUUUACAUGCUUGCUAUUAUUUUAGUACUACUACUCUACUAUUUUGUUUACUAUAAUGUUUUCUUGAUUGCAAUGAAUCUAUACUUACUACCUUAAAUAAUACAUGUUGCAUAUCAAGGACAAUAUGUAGAAUUUGAUAAAAUAUUUGUUUUUGGCUUAUUGUCAACCAGAUUAUUCAUACCUAUUUAUUUCAGAGGUUGCCCCUACAAUAUUCUACAUGCACAGGUGUCUUAUUUAUCAGUCACUAUUAUUCUUCUCUUAUUUGUUGCUUAGGUAGUUCUGUACUAUUAUCAAUGUAAAAUCGGACCCAGAUUCUUUAUACCCAAAUGUCUCAGACCUAAAACUCAUGAAUACUUCGUUGAACAACCCAUAGAGGGAGAUUGUGCCAUUUGUAUCACUUAAUUGACUGACAUACCAAGUGAAUCUUAAUCAGAAAAUAAAUUUAUUGCUCAAAUCAUUAGUUAGAAUUCACAUAAACUUAUGGAAACACCUUGUGGUCAUCAUUUUCAUUCUAUUUGCUUAACUAAAUGGAUGAAUGUCAAAUUAAAUUGUCCAACUUGUCGUUCUGUACUUCCACCAUUAAUUUGA